AUGACAACCCCAUUGGACCUUCGUCUGUGUCAAGAGGACCCACCGUACUUUCGUAAAGAACUAGCUGCGUGCGAGGAGUCUAUAUUCGGUCUUGAAAGUACGAUUAGGAACCUGGUGAGAUUGGCUAAAGCUAGUGUGGAGCUUGCUACGGAAUAUACAAGUAAACAGUUGCAAUUUGCUGACGAAUUCAGGAAUUUUGCUAAACAACAACCAGAUUCUUCAUUAAAAUCAGUGCUGAUUAAAUAUUCCCAAUCACUUCAAGAAGUUGAAAGGAGUCGAAAGAUUCUUCAUUCACAUAUGAGUGACAUGUUUAUUAGUCCACUCGAGUCGUUUGUCAAAAAUGAGAUCCAACCUCUCAAGGAAGUUAGGAAGAACUUUGAGAAGUCAAGCCAUGAGGCCGACGGUGCACUUGCGAGAUAUAUGAGUAAGAAAGCCAAAGAUCAACAAAUUGCGGAGAUACUGGCAUUAAUGUUCACCGAAUCAGCAUUUUAUCAUCAAAAUUACGAGACUAUGAAAGAUAUAGAACCACAUAUGAGAGACGUAACGAAGACGCUUCACGAGGCGCGAAUACAAUACGACAUAGACGUACAACUGUCGCAAGAACUCAAAAAGAGUCUUAUUGAGACGGCUCACGAAACCUAUAAUCCAAUGCGUCCUGCUAAAGAAAUGUCAUCUCCAACAUUUAAGGAAAAUUCAACGUCAGUAACGAAGUCAGGAUAUCUGUUCAAGAAAGGAUCCCAGAGAGUCAUGGCAUCAUGGGUUCGUGUAUACACAACCGUUGAUGGAGAGACGCUUACUUUUGUUGGUCGAGGUAGUGGGAAGGGUUCCAAAGAUGACGAAGAAACAGUUUCCGUUUAUCUAAGGAUUUGUCAUAUUAAACCCGUCAAUAACUCCGAGAGAAGAUUUUGUUUCGAAAUUAUGUCCCCUAGAAAGACAUAUCUUCUCCAAGCAGAAAAUGAGGAAGAAAUGGACGACUGGAUAAGGUGCCUAAAGACAGCUGCCCAAGAAGCCUUUUCCGGUCAGCUGCCGUCUCCGGUGGAAAGUGAUGCUGAUCGGUUGAAGGGAGGCUCCGUCAACGGGUCAACAUCUGCCAGCGGAAAUGACACUAACGGCAAUGGAUAUUCGAGUAAUCGGAGAUCGAUUCAAAGAAUUAAAGAAUUGCGUGGGAAUGACUUGUGUGUUGAUUGUAAAGCCUCAGACCCUCAAUGGGCCUGUGCAAAUUUCGGCACGCUACUCUGCAUCGAGUGCUCAGGUAUACACCGUAGUCUCGGUGUACACGUGAGCAAAGUGCGUUCCCUGUCCCUUGACAAAUGGGAACCGGAAGCAAUUGAAGUAAUGUUAAGACUCGGCAACACGAUGACAAAUAAGAUAUUCGAGGCCAAUAUCACUAGUGCCAGUGGAGUGCCUAUAGCUAAUCCUGCUUCAGACAGGUCAGAGAAGGAGAAGUUUAUUAUUGCAAAGUAUGUAAAAAAAGAAUUCUUGGCGCCCAAGGAUGAUAAUCAAACAGAGUCUAUUGAUUUGGCCUUCUGGAAAUCGAUGUCCAACUCUGAUCUCUACUCUGCCCUCCGUUACCUUGCCCUUGGUGCAAAUGUCGAUUGGAAAAACCACGAGCGCAACUCCACCACUGCCCUACAUCAAGCUAUACUUUGCAACGAUGAUGUGGUAGUAGAAUUCUUACUACAGUGGUUUUGUGAUAUUGACGCAAUCGACUAUGAUGGAUGGAGUGGUUUGCAUCACGCCGCAGCGACGAAUAAUGCGCGAUUGUUAUUAACAUUGAUGAAGAGACAUGCUAAUGUAGGCUUGAAGGACAAGAACGGGAAGAUUCCUUUGGACAUAGCAGUAGAACUUCAACAUGUACAAGCAGUAACAGCACUACGACUUUACCAAUUCGAAUCGCAAUUGACCAGAUCUGAAUUCUCUUCUUUUGGUGUUGAUGAAGCAUUAACAUCUGUCAGCAAACCCUACCCCACCGUCCGUAGUUCGCCUUCAUCGUUGGAGAUAGUUUCGAGCACAACAGGCGUACAAACCACACCUCCAGUCACACCUGAUGAUGGUAAUGGUCGACCCGAUGAUGCGAAAGAAUUGGAGAAAGAAAGCGACGAGGAUGAAUUACAAAAUGUGUUUGAGAGUGCCUUGGAAGAGAAUAAUGGAGAAGAUUUGAGAGUCCGAGGUUUGAAAUUGGGUGGAUUAGUCGACGACGGUUGGGGAGUUGAAACUGGUGAUGAUAAUGAGAGUACUAAUACGCAGUGA